AUGGAAAUGGAGCCUACUAGAGUGGUUAAUAGGAGGUCAAAGGCAUAUCUUUCUGCUGUCAAAGAGCUUGAGCAUCAAAAUGAUGACCCAGACUGUAUAGCUGAUUAUUUCGCUGAUAGUUCACCUCUAGAGGAGGAAUUAGUGGAAGAGCAGUUUAGUGAUGUUAGUUAUGAGGAAGAGGAUAUUUUAGAAAAUAAGAAUGAGGAGCACUGAAAAGAACCUACUAAUGAGCCUCAAGAAUAUCAAAGAGAAAUCCAAGAAAGUGAGCCUGAACAGAAAACUGAUCUGAAAGUAUCUCAUUAUGAUUAUCAUCAUAAAUAUGCUGCUUUAUUGAUAAUUAUAGUUCUUUUAGUCAUACUCUGAGAUGUAAAGACAGCAUUUGAAGCAAGUAUUGCUAUACUUCUACUUCGAUGGGUGCCAACCAGAAUAAAAUAUCAUUGCAGCAUUGAGUUUUAUGAAAACUACAUGAAAGUAAAAGCAAAUUUCCAGACUUGCCUAACUAUCCUCGAGCACUCUCUGAUUGAUAUAAACGGAGGAAGGGUCAACUGACUAAGAAUGCAGAAUCCUUGCACAAACACGGAGUUACUCAGAUUCAAAGGGUACUUAGAAGAUGUUAUGAGAUCCAUUAUUCUGGGCAUGUUCGAGGAGGAAAAUGCAGCUAUCUCUGAUGCAUUUGCUCUUCAGAAUUUGAACAAGAAAUUGUUGCUCAUUAAGGAAGGAGGAAACUGGGCUUUCGAAGAUAUAAGUUUACAGUUUAAGAACCUUAAUUUUUACCUCACAGCCUUGGAUACUAUCCAUCUGACUCUGGUAGACUCAGAGGAUUCUCUGACUAUUGGCGAAGUCCUUGUAAAGGAUAGAGCUAUAAUUUUUGACUCUUUACAAGCCCAACAAGAUAUUCAAGAAUUUAUUGCUGAAAGAAGAAAGGUUUUAGCCAAUAAAUUUGAGCAAAUAAACACAGACUUGAAGCUAACAAUAUCAAAGAUUUCACUUGAGCAGUGGUAUAGCAAAAAUUCUGACCUAACGAAAUUAGAUGAGGGAUAUUCUAUAACUGAUACUGAAAAUAAGGUGUCGUCCAAAGUACUAUCCCAGAGCAGAAUGUUGAUCAUUAAAUUGUUAGAUAUUAACAAAAGAGUUUACAGUGAUCCAAAACAGUCACUUCCUGGCUCAUUAGUGGAGCCAACUCUUCAAGUGCUUCAAGAGUUUGGAAAUACAUUACAAUUAGUUGAUCGGGACAACUUUUUGGCAGAUGAAAUAAAAGAAGAUGGGAAUAAUAGGAAUAAUAUCUCAGAGACAAUAUUGAAUCAGGAAGAAAAUAAGGAUGCUUUUCAAGCUGACAUAAGUAACACUCAGGAAGAGACAUGCACUGUUGUCUACGAAAGUAUGGGACAGCUGGACGAUACAGCUGCGGCUGCAGAGCCAGUAGAAUCCCCUCUGGAUGAUAAGGACAUGACCUUUGUCAUAAGUAAGUUGAGAAGAGAACUUAAGAGGACUCUUAAGAAGAGGAGAGAGAAGGAAGAACAAUAUGUUGUUGUUAAGAAUUUGGAUUAGCAGG